AUGGCCCACCGCUCAGCCGCAGCAGCGGGCGCGCGCCCGCUCGAGGACGACGUCGCCGCGCUGCACGCGCACCUCCCCGCGUUCGUGAAGCCAGCGGACGUCGUCGCCGCGCUCGAGGCCCUCGUCGCGCGCUCCGAGACGGAGGCGGACGUCUGCGCGUCCGCACUCGCGCCGUUCGACGAGUCCGCGCACCUCGAGGGCUUCCUCGGCCUGCCCGGGCUCGAGGAGCUCGCGAACCGCUGGCACUACGGCAACUACGUCGCGGUCAGGGGGAAGGAUCCUGAGGAGGAGGGCGGGAAGGUGUUCGAGAGCAUGCCGUUGUAUACGCGGCUGGGAAUGCACCUCAUGUUCUACGGCGCGCUUCAAAUAGAGCUCCUUCGAACCUCCGUCAUUAUCAAGCUUCUCAAGGAACUCUCGGAACGCGAGGGGCGAAUAUAUGAUUCACCACAGUCCAUCCAGUCAAUACCGUCGUUCAUCAAGACAUACUCCCUGAGCCUGGACGAGUUGCUUCAGCCUGAUAUUGCAAAGUACUCGAAUUUCAACGACUUCUUCCACCGCAAGCUGAAGCCCGGUUCGCGACCAGUUAAGGAUCCCGAAAACACUGCGCUGUUCUGCAGCGCGGCGGAUAGUAGAUUGACUGUGUACCCGUCGGUCGGAGCAGCUCAGCAGUUCUGGAUCAAGGGAUGCCACUUUUCCAUCCCGUCUCUCAUCGGUGAAAUUCCACGGUCUGUGCGGGCGCGGAUGUUCCUUGGCGGGAGUAUUGCUAUCUUCAGACUGGCGCCACAGGACUACCACCGCUUCCACUGUCCCAUCGACGGCGUGAUUGGUGACAUCACCGAGAUCCCAGGGCAGUACUACACUGUCAAUCCUAUGGCGGUGAACGAGAGCUGCUUUGACGUCUUCACCGAGAACCGACGCUCAGUCAUGUACAUGACGCACAAACAGUCCUCCGCUCCUGUCGCAAUUGUCGCCAUCGGGGCGAUGCUGGUCGGAAGCAUUGUCUGGACGGUCACAAAGGGGUCUGUGGUCAAUCGCGGCGAUGAGCUCGGGUACUUUGCGUACGGAGGCAGCACCGUGGUUGUCAUCUUCCCUCCUGGGGUCUGCCAGUUCGACGAGGACUUGCUCGAGAAUUCUGUUAGGCCUAUCGAAACGCUAGUCAAGGUCGGAGAAUCGCUCGGAAAGAGUGUUCUCUCACAGGCUGCGUUCGACGAAGAAGCGGUGCUCGCAGCCGCGGACAAGAAGCUUGAUGCGAGCGAGGAUUCAUCCUCAUCGCCAUUCGUUCGGUUGAAGGGAGUCAUGCGGAAGCUGUGCUGCAUUUGA